AUGCCGCCCAAGGUGCCGCCCAUGGUGCCGCAGACGAUCAAGGUCAACACGGUCAAGGAGAUCGGCGACGCGACGUUCCAGAAGUACGCCACCGGCAAGAAGGAGUUUGUGCUUGCCAACGGCCUCUGCUUUAUUGGCAGCAACGACCACCAGUGGACGCUCGUGGUCCCCGACGACAAGUACUUGCGCACCGAAGCCAUUGCGAUGCUGCACGACUCGCGACGCGUAACCUCCCGUUGA